ACAUUCUGCAAUUUCAUAUCAUCCAAUCACUAAACAAGGAGAGAGAAAUCGCAUCACUAAUGGCCUCCACAGCUUGUUUCUUGCAUCAACUAUCCACCCCAGCGGUGGCCGCCAGAUCGCCAUCAUCGCAGCGACUCGUCACAUUUAAGGCUAAUCAGAUCCUAGUCUGCAGAGCCCAGAAGGCUGAACAGGGUGCUUCUGUCCACGACGAGGACCAGGGAUCCUCUGUUUCUCGCCGUCUAGCCCUCACCGUCCUUAUUGGCUCAGUCGCCGUCGGUUCAAGGGUCUCUCCGGCCGAUGCCGCUUACGGUGAAUCCGCUAAUGUGUUUGGAAAGCCAAAAAGCACUGAGUUUACAACAUACACUGGCAAUGGUUGGAAGGUCCAACUGCCGGCCAAAUGGAACCCAAGCAAAGAGGUCGAGUUUCCAGGGCAGGUUAUCAGAUAUGAAGACAACUUCGACUCAACCAGCAACUUAUCGGUUUUGAUUAACCCAACCGAUAAGAAGUCCAUCACUGAUUAUGGCUCACCCGAAGAAUUCCUAGGACAGGUGAACUUUUUGUUGGGAAAACAAUCUUAUUUUGGCAAAACCGACUCCGAGGGUGGCUUUGAGGCGAAUGCUGUGGCAACUGCAAACAUAUUGGAGUCUUCGUCAACGGUUGUGGGUGGGAAGCCUUAUUAUUUUGUUUCGGUUCUAACUAGGACGGCGGAUGGAGAUGAGGGAGGGAAACAUCAGUUGAUAACUGCCACGGUUUCGGAUGGAAAGCUUUACAUUCUCAAGGCACAAGCGGGCGACAAGAGAUGGUUCAAGGGAGCUAAGAAAUUCGUUGAGAACGCUGCUACUUCCUUCAGCGUGGCUUAGGAAGGUUGAUUUCGAACAAGGAAAAAACUUGUGUUUUGUAUGUAUUGUGAUUUGUCAAGAAUUAAUAUGGUAAAAAAUAUUAUUAUUGA